CGUCCCUGAAUAAAGACAUCGCAUCCAAAGUCUAGAGUCCACAAAUUGAACUCUAACAAACCAGAGACACCAUGAAGAACGUAUGUAUAUUUUCCAUUCACACAAUUCUCUUCUUCAUAAUCCACCAAGUUCCGUCCUUCGGGUACUCCAUCGACACCGCUGCCGUCCCUGCGGCAGGGCCGGAUCCCCCAAAUGACAGUUCUUUUAUCCGGACAAGUUGUGCAACCACAUUAUACCCAGAAUUAUGCUACCAUUCCUUAGCUGGCUAUUCUAAGACGGUACAACAAGACCCUGCCCGACUGGCCCGCGUGGCGGUUGGUGUGAGCUUGUCUAGAGCCAAGCGCAUGGCAGCUUACGUCUCCAACCUCUCCCGGGAAGCCGACUACGGCGCUGACCACCGAGCCACUGCAGCGCUACACGACUGUUUUUCGCUCUUUGGCGAUUCAAUUGAUCAAAUACGCGACUCGCUCAAGCAAAUGCGCCAGCUAAGCGGCUCUGGCGAGUCCUUAAGGUUUCAGAUGAGCAAUGUACAGACGUGGAUGAGCGCUGCCUUGACGAAUGAGGACACGUGUACGGAUGGAUUUGAGGAUGUGCCCGAUGGGCCGAUGAAAGUCGACAUAUGUGGCCGUGUUGUUAAGGUGAAGGAGGUGACUAGCAAUGCCCUGGCUUUGGUUAAUAGUUAUGUUGCCACGGUAUCAGGGCCAUGAGGUUUUAUUAUGAAUUACGAAAUCACAGCUAGAUAGAAUAAUAAUAUUUAUGUGGAUGUAAUUAGAUUAGGUUAAUGUGAGUUUUGUUGAAAAGAAAGUAGUGAAAGGGAAAGAUUGAAGUGGUUUAUAAGCGGAUUGUAAAUGUUCUGUUUUUAAAAUUUGUGGGUUUUUAAUUAUAUUUUGUUUAAAGUGCCAUUGCUGCUUAGUUUCAGGUUUUCACAGUGAAAGAAAAGUGUUCAAGAAGCUGCAGCUGUGGCUAUGGAAGUUGAUCUAAUUGUUUUCUUGAUUUC